ACACAGCGAUGAGAAAGUCAACGAUUGCGUGUCUGCUAGCGGUCGCACUCUGUGCACUGACUACACUGCUGAAUGAGGUGAACGCUCUAAAACGCCAAUCUGAGGAUACCGCAAUGGAUCAGGAUCGCGAUAGAGAUGACAAGCGUAGAUAUCAGCCGCAACCUCACUUGCAAUCCGAGACAAGAGAAAAAGAUAAGCUCUUCGACCCUGAAGAAGAACGGUUCGGUGAUGGAAACGUCAGUCCUCGAAGAAAUGUUGGAUCUAAACAAAGCGAUGCUGUUAGAGGCCGAGGAGAAAGCGAUCGCUUCCAAGAGGAAGACAUCAAUGAGGAAAAUAACAACAAACCGAACAGAGGUGUUAAAGUUGGCCACAAGAAUAUUGCAACAAGAGAAGGUAGAGAUAGAGUAGCCCCAGAGACGCCAAAAAAGCGAGUUACGAUUCCGGCGAAAAGAUGGAAGACAAAACCGUCACACCAUCAGACAAAGACUUCUGAUAUGUCGACGAUAACAACUGAAGAGCUGACAACAACAGCAAGUGACACUAGCGAAUCAACAACGAUGACUACGGCGGAGGUUCCUUCCGCUGAAGAGCUUACAACAUCUGCUUGAUUCGUAACUAUUUCCGAUGGGGAUUCCCAUUGCAUAAGUAUACGGCAAUAGAAGUGCCCAAAGAAUUCUAAUAGUUGGAAAUAUAAUA